UUACGGAUUGUCCUUUCUGCAACUUCAAUCUUAUUGGUUCUCUGCGCUUUCUCGUGUAUAAUUAAUUAUAGAGCUUUUUGUUUAGCUUCAGUGCCCGCAUAAAACCAUAUCAGCCAACCACAACUCAGCACCACUCUCACUCAUUUUCCUGUCAUUCUCUCUUCUCUUCUUUAUCUUGCUUACUAAUUACAAACCAGGCUACCGAAUUUUUAUUCACGUCUCUCUUGAACUCUUUCUCUUCUCUCUGCUUUUUAUUUUCGUUUGCUUUGGUCACCAACUCUGGGGAAAAGCUAGAAAAGCACGGUUUUUUUUAAGAGUUUUAUCAGUUCAUUUCUCAAAAACCUUUCUGUUUACUCUGUUUUUCUUCAACUUCUUCCCUGUUUUUGGUUCAGCUGACCUUCAAUCUCGCUUCAAAAUUUCUAAUUUAUUUCAGGAUCUUGUUUAGUGUGGUGAAUCUUUAUCUGGGUUGUGCUUUGUGUGUUGCUUUUUCUCUCGUGAUUUUGUGUGUUUUGGGGCGGUGGUAAUGGCCUAGGGUUUAGGUUUUGUACAAGACUGAGGCCUUUUUAAAAGAAUUUUUCUCUAUUUCUUCACUAAUUUUCCUUUGUUUUUGGAAAGUUGAGCCUUUUUAAGAUUCCUCAAUUGGUGCUUGUGCGAAAAAAGUUUUUGUCAGAUUCUUAUCAAAUGCCUUGUUGAUUCGAUGCUUCUUUGGUCAUAAAAACCUCCAUUUCACUGCAUUUUCUAUCUGGGUUCUCUCUUUGAACAUUGAAUUCAAAGAGAGAGAAACUGAGCUGGGAUUCACUCCUCUCUAAACAAAAACAAAUGAAUCGAGGAGUAGAAGUUCUGUCUCCGGCCUCAUAUCUACAGAAUUCAAACUGGUUGUUUCAAGAAAGCAAAGGAACAAGAUGGACUCGACAAGAGAACAAGCUGUUUGAGAAUGCUUUGGCUUUGUAUGAUAAAGAUACUCCUGAUCGAUGGAUUAAGGUAGCAGCAAUGAUUCCAGGCAAGACAGUCGGUGAUGUCAUCAAACAAUACAAGGAAUUGGAAGAGGAUGUUAGUGAUAUUGAAGCUGGUUUAAUUCCAAUUCCUGUCUAUUGUAACGAUUCUUUCACUUUGGAGUGGGUUAAUUGUGAUCAAGAAUUUGAUGGAUUGAGGCAAUUGUAUAGUCCUGGUGGGAAGAGAGGCACCACAACUCGGCCUUCUGAUCAAGAAAGAAAGAAAGGGAUUCCAUGGACAGAAGAAGAACACAGGCAAUUUCUAAUGGGUCUUAAAAGGUUUGGAAAAGGGGACUGGAGAAAUAUCUCCCGCAAUUUUGUGACCACUAGAACACCAACUCAGGUUGCAAGCCAUGCUCAAAAGUACUUCAAUCGGCAGCUUACUGGGGGGAAGGAUAAGAGGAGAUCUAGCAUUCAUGACAUUACUAUUGUCAGUUUGGAAGUCACAGGAUAUUCUUCGCCAGAAAAUAGUAAACCUUCAUCUGCAAAUUCUUCUACAGCUGUCAUUCAGCUGCAACAGCAACCAAAAUUGACUAGCAUAAGAAAUGAGCGAUUUGAUUGGAAACCACCAAAUGAAGGAGCAGCCAUGGUUUUCAACCCAACAAAUAGCAACGUUUUCACACCCCCUUUUUGUGGGAUAUCUUCAUAUGCAGCUAAGUUGCAGGAGCAAAAUCUGCUUGGUGGAACUCUUCAUGGAUCUCAGUGUGACAUGUACAGCACAUUUUAUCCGAUGCAAUCAAUGCAACAUCAGUAAUUCAUAGAUAAUAUAUAGGAGUACUAGGGAUAUUUAUUUGCCAAUUCUUAUUCAUUGGCAGUGAUCUCAGAUUACUCUGUCAAAACAACAUCUUGGUUUUAUGUGAAUAUGUUGAUGAAGCCUGGAAUGAGUCCAUGAAGAAUCAGUUAAGCUGUGCUGUGAUUUGCCAUUGGAAAAUUGGACUAUUGAACCAUAAGAGGAGCCUGUUUGCAAGAAGCUUGAGCCUUUGGCUUUGUGCACUGGUUAUAUCCUUGCAAUCAAAAGGCAUUCUGGUACUCUGUUUGCAUUAUGAAUAUUUCCAUUUAGGCAAAAGCCAUGUACAGAUGAUCUAGAUGCUGAAAUGAUUAAAAUUAUAUGCUACAGACUCCAACCAUUCAGAGUAGAUUCAUGUAAAUUAUUCAACUCCCAUGUGUGCAUGGUUGAUAUAAUAAGGCAUAUGUGAGGAUAAUAUCAUCUGCGUGGAAUUAUAAUCUUUAGUAUAUUUUAGGCAAGCAGUAUUUUCAAAAUCUGUUCUGUUACUGUCUUUGUUGGUGAUGAAUUUUGUGAUGCAUUUGAAGCUGGAUCCCUCAGAAACUGCAUAUCCAAUCCAUCUCUUAGAUGAAGUUUGUAAGUUCUUUUGUAAUUUCCACCUUUGUCAAUAAAAAUCAAGAAGUAAUGGUUAUUUAUCUUUA